AUGGCGCCGUCCAUUCGACGAGUCGCCGUUGCCGGAAUUAAUGGAACGCUCGGUCCCGCAGUGGUUCGGCAUCUGAUCGACGGCGGCUUUGAGCUCACAAUUCUAACCCGAGACCGUACCAAGACUCUCGACAGCUGGGCAUACAAAGCCGAGCCGAGCGUCGUCGAGGUCGACUAUUCGUCGGUUGAGAAACUCGCGAGCGCUUUCCAAGGCCACGACGCCGUCGUCAGUCUGAUCUCUCGGCUGGACGCUGACAGCUCCAACGCCAUUGCGGAUGCUGCCGCCAAUGCUGGCGUGUAUCGCCUUGUGCCGUCCUGCUUUGGUGUCAACCACCGCCUUCUGGAUAUUCAGGAGUUCCCAGUGCUCGCGCCGAAGGUCAUCGUGGAACAGCACGUCGAGAAACUCGCCGCGGAGGGCAAAAUCACCUUCACGGGGAUCCAGACCGGAAUCCUCUUCGAUUGGGCUCUGAAGAAAGGCAUUUCCGUCAAUGCCGCGGGGACGACAACGGUCUUCAACGGUGGCGACUUCCCGCUUUCUGCAACGCUGCUCGAUGAUGCCGGCAAGGCUGUCGCAGCGGUUCUCAAGAAUCCUGCUGAGUCGGAGAACAAAUAUUUCUUCAUCCAAAGUGCGAGCAUCACCCAGAACAAGUUGCUCCACAUAUUCAAGGAAGUAAGGCCAGACCUGGAACUUAAGCGCACAGAGGUCGAUACCAAAGCAUUGUAUGACAAGUCGAUGGAGGCGUACAAACAAGGCGCGCGGAGCCCAGACGCCUUGAGAGGCAUGCUCGUUCACGCUUCCUCCGGACCGGGGAUGGGACAGUUCAAGAAUACCGACAAUGCAGCAGUGGGAAUCGUGGAGCUGACGGAGGAGCAGCUGAGAGAGGUGGCGAGGGAAGCUAUCGAUGAGGUGACAAAAAAGCAGGAUUUCAAGCCUCUCCCAGUUUGA